GUCAAGAUGUGUUGGUGAGAUCUACCAGAGCUGAGCGACAGAGCCUUGAUCAUUCUACUCUAAGCCUCCGGUGUCAACAUGAAGUCAGUAGUCGCCCUGCUGUUUUUGUUGUCCUCUGGUGUUUGUGGACAUCAUGUUUAUGAACACAAGGCUGUUCAACACAAAUCCACUGAGGAUCACAAGAUCCUGAAAGAGAUGGUCCGAGAGCUGCAUCGGAUCAAGGCCACCGUGAAGGAUUUGGCAUGCAUGGCGGAGGGUCUGGGAUGCCCAGGACAGCCGGAAACUGAAGGCACAGACUGUGUGCGAGAUCUCUUUAAGGGCAUCGACUUCCCAGGUUCAGACUUCCGUCAAGUGCUUUCCCCCAGUGUGGAACACUGUCAGUUGGCCUGUACUCAGAACAGUCUGUGUCAGUUCUUCACCUAUUUAGAGCCCACCUGGACUGCAGAUAUCAGGCAGUACUACUGCUACCUGAAGAGAACCCCAACUGGGCAGCCAAUUGUACGGACGAAUCGACAACAUAUCAUCUCUGGCUACUCUCUCCGUCACUGCAAAGACUAGUGUGUGAUUCCUCUUCCUGUCAGUAUGGCGUCCAUGCUCAACCUGGAUUCCCAGAGGGACUGCUUGAAGACAACGCACACAACUCACACACCUCAUUUUGUAUUUUAGUAAUAAGCUGUAACUUUCAGUCUGUUCAACCAUCAGACAUUGACAUGAUCACUUCCAUCAGAUCUGCCUACACCAGACAUGUUCUGGGGCUUUUCCAUAGCAUCCAUGUCUGGUCUUAUUAAUAAAGAACUGCAGAAUCA